AUGUUGUCGAGGACCCUUAGAAACUUUGCUUCUAGUCAGGCAUCAUACACACCAAAGUUCUUUAGCCAAGAACAAAUAGACUUCUAUAACAGAGAAGGCUUCGUGGUGGCCAAAAACGUCCUACCGAGGCUAGUUACAGAUAACCUACAGAAUUGGGCAAAGCAAAUGGAAGAUCUCCCAGAGACUCCAGGAAAAUGGAUGAAAUACUUCGAAAUCAGCAAAAACCAGAGACUUUUGUGCCGUGUCGAAAACUUCCUUCCAUUCUUCCAAGAGCUUACUCCUUCGAGAAAUAACCAUUGGAAAAAGUCCUGCUUUUUUGAAAAAUUAUGGGCGAGAAUAAAUUUUAAAAGCAAAACUUAAUCCAAUAGCAUAGGGGAAGCUAGGGAAAUUUCCUAUGGUAUGAUCACCGAUAUGAGUUCUGACUUGUUUGGUGAACAAGCAGUUAUCUACAAAGAGAAGAUAAACUUUAAGUUUCCUCAAGGCAACGGUUUUGCUGCCCACCAAGAUCAGCCAGCCUUUGUUAGCUUCGGGGUGAAGAAACUCUUGACAGUUUUACUCCCUAUUGAUGCAAACACAAGGCAGUCUGGAGGUCUUGAUUUCGUAAGACAACAUCAUAUCCCUAAAGAAAUUCUUCCUCAGAAUUCUGAUGGGUCAAUUCGUACUGAUAUUGAAGCAAAGCUAAACUGGAUACCACUUGACGCUUCAGCUGGUGAUUGCGUCUUUUUCGACAGUUAUGCUCCUCACAGAAGUGAUGUAAACACAAGUACAUUUACUAGGAGAAACUUAUAUCUGACCUAUAAUCCACUAUCACAAGGAUCAUGGAGAGAUAAUUAUUACGAAGAAAAAAGAAGAUUAUUCCCACCAGAGUGUGAAAGAGAUCCUACUAACUCCCACCCCCCUCCGUGAGUGAACAAAACCAUUAGAAAAAUCGCUAUUUUUUGCCCAAAACCCACCCUCCGUGAGUGAACAAAAAUUUUUUAAUAGAAAAAUUUUUUAUGGAAAAAAGUUUUAAUAUAUAAAUGAUAAUUAGUAUAAUGAAAUAUAGAGCUAAUUCUGUUUAAUUUUAAACAAAAUUGCUUUUUAAAACAUAAAUUUUGCAAAACUGAAUUAAUAUUUGCUUUCCAAUUUUUGCGAAUUAGGAUUUUUUUUAAAUUUCGAAAAAAAAAUAUUUUUAUAAAAUUUAUAUAUAAAUUUUUUUUAAAAAAAAAAAUUAACCCCCCUCCGUGAGUGAACAAAAUUUUUUUGUUUCACUCACGGAGGGGGGGAGUAAGGAUUAUAGUGAAGGUGCUAAAGUGUUUAAUGUGGCAAACCCUAUUAAGUAA